AUAGACAAUUCAAAUUUAGCAACUUUAAUCAAUUAAGUUUUGCGAAUGGAUUAUUUUAGUUUAUUGCCAGAAGGUUGCAUAUCGGAAAUUCUGUCCUUCACUUCUCCCAAAGAUGCUGCUACUUCCUCAGCUAUCUCACGAGGAUUCAAGUCUGCUGCUGAAUCCGACGUCGUUUGGGAGAAAUUUUUGCCCUCUGAUUAUCAACAUAUUAUCUCUAAAUCAGACUCACUCUUGGUUUCUCCUUCCAAAAAAGAGCUUUAUUUUAGUCUUUGUGACUCCCCAAUUCUCAUUGAUGGCGGCAAACUGAGUUUUUCACUGGAUAAGAAGACUGGGAAAAAAUGUUUUAUGGUGGCAGCAAGGGAACUUGCUAUUACAUGGGGUGAUACACCACAGUAUUGGGAAUGGUUACCUCACCCAGACUCCAGAUUCUCAGAAGUGGCUAAACUCAUAUGGGUUUCUUGGCUUGAUAUCCGAGGCAAAAUUGAAACUCGAAUAUUGUCGAAAAAAAACAAAUAUGCUGCUUAUCUAGUAUUCAAAUUGGCAAACAGAUUUUAUGGCCUUGAAACUGUUAAUGCAUAUGUUAGACUUGUUGGCUGUGAGACUAAACAUGAAGCUGAGGAACGAGCUAGUAUUACGAGCCUUUCAAGACGAGAAGAACCGGGUAAGAAGCGACCAAAGAGAAGAAUUGAUGGUUGGAUGGAAAUUGAAGUGGGAACCUUUUUCAAUCAUAUAGGAGAAGAUGGAGAUGUUGAAGCUCGAUUAAUGGAGAUUAGACAUCUCGGUGGAAAAUCUGGCCUCGUUGUUCAAGGAAUGGAGUUUCGUCCGGAAGAGGAAGAAGACGAAGAAGAGGAAGAAGAAGAAGAAGAUGAUGAUGUAGCAUUUUGGCGACAUGGCCGAGUGGUAGGGCAGAGGACUACAAAUCCUUUUUUCCCCAGUUCAAAUCCGGGUGCCUGAUCAACAAAAAAUUCGAAAUAUCUUCUUUUCUUAUGUUAUGUUGAUAUAACCCGCCGAAUAAUUCCCCAGCAGAAGCAGAGAAGAGGAAGAAGCAGAGGAGGAGGAGGAGGAGGAAUAAUAAUCAUAUCUUUAUAUGUGCCCUUCUCGUCGAGCUUAUCCAUGCCUAGUUGUUUCAAUAAUAGCAGAGUGAGUUGAUGCAUAUACAAACCUUAUUUGAUUGUGAUGAUUAUAAAUGAAAUAUGCCAUCUAUUUGGAUUAUCAAUUUCUGCAUUCUGUUUCAA